UUACUUUGUCUGUUGACGCGUUUCUACAGCAAGCAGAAGACGCGCUUAGCAACAAGCUAAGAAAGCAUAUCUGUGGAACUCCUAAAGUCGAGCGCGCGCGCGCGCGCACUCACACACACUUUCCGACUUCUGUCUGGAGAGACAUUUUAGAGAAGAAACGUGCUGCCAAUGGCGUAAGUUUACUCACUGUACUAAAAAAAAACGACACAAGCGGUUUCUCUGGUAGAGAAGCGAAUAGUUAGCCUGAUGCUAACGUCUGAGGAAAAGUACCAAGUGUCUACCUAGUUAGUAGUAAUCGACCGUUAUUUCACACUUUCGACCAUUGGGAUGGUGCUUUUGAUCGACGGAAGUCUUCCUACCGCGAAAGGGCUGAAGAGAGAGCAACACUGGAGCUGUUGGAUUUGGACCCCAACUCUUUCAGGGAGCGGCGCUCAUGUGGAUGUGUGUUUUUGUUCUGCCGCAAGCUGACGGAAACGCGUUGUCUGUCUGUCUGUUUGUUUUUAAUCCCUAGCUAGACUUUCCAGUCUUUGCAAUAAACACCGCGUUUUCAGAAGACUUGUUUCUGGGAUACAUUAUUCUGUAUAACGCUUCCUUUAUGCUACAAGUUGCGUUUAGCGUUUCGUCCAUCUUCCUGGCUUUGAGCCAGUGCUAACUACACUGGCUUAGCUGAGAGGAUCUGGCCUGUAAACACUCUCGACACUCUGAACUCUGCGAUCGAGCUGUAAAUGAUUAUGGCUCUGUUGUGCAUCUCACUGGACCGGACUGACAUCUAACUGAAGCUUCGACGUUCUGAUUCGGAUUCGAAUAGAUUCCUAGACAUGGCCUGAAGCUGUACAGAUUAAUCCGGUUAAUGCAAAUCCUUUUUGUUUUGUUAACACCUAUUUAAAAGAGGAACUCCUGAGAAGAAACUAAAAAAGGAAAGCAUUUAAUGUUGGCCUUAAUAAUUCUCCACAAGCAUGAUGAUACUGAACAGGAAACCAGAUGGUCCGGUCACAGCAGCUCGACAUGGGGACGGUCUGUAUGACUCGUAUAUGCGCACGGACCACAUCGUGAACGAGGAAGCUGAGCUGAUUGGAAGGAGCCCUGGUGCCCUGCCCCCAUUACACAAACACACAGCUGUGAAUAAGCCAACGAUGAAGGAUCACCUUGGGGUCCGAGGAGGACAGAUAAAGAUAAAGUACCUAUAUGAGGAUUCAUACAACCGUAAGGCCAAUGGCGUGAGCCAGCACAAUGGUACCAGCCAAACCUCCGGCAAGCCCCAGUCUGUUCUCUCCAAAGGGCGGAGCAUGGAAAGCAACAGUUCAGCCAAGUCUUCUGAAAGCUCAGUGAAGCCAACCAAGCUGGGGGGUCCCCUAACCCCAGAACAAGCAAUAAAGCAGUAUAGGCAACAGCUGAAUACACUAGAACAACAGGAGAUCCUCAGUUAUCCGGAGAUCUACUUUGUUGGACCAAAUGCCAAGAAGAGGCAAGCAGUUGCAGGUGGUUCUAACAACUCUGGAUACGAUGAUGAUCAGGGAGGAUAUGUCCAUGUUCCACACGACCAUAUUGCCUAUCGGUAUGAGUUCCUAAAGUUAAUCGGUAAAGGAAGUUUUGGUCAAGUAGCGAAGGUUUAUGAUCACAAGUUACACCAGCAUAUUGCUCUCAAGAUGGUGCGCAAUGAGAAACGCUUCCACCGGCAAGCAGCAGAGGAGAUCCGUAUCCUGGAGCACCUGAAAAAGCAGGACAAGACAGGCAGUAUGAACGUAGUCCAUAUGCAAGAGAACUUUACCUUCCGCAAUCAUAUCUGCAUGACCUUUGAGCUGCUCAGCAUGAAUCUGUAUGAACUAAUCAAACGCAAUAAAUUCCAGGGCUUCAGCCUGCCUCUAGUACGCAAGUUUGCUCACUCGAUCUUGCAGUGUCUAGAGUCUCUGCACCGCCAUAAGAUCAUCCACUGUGAUCUAAAACCAGAGAACAUCCUUCUCAAGCAGCAGGGUCGGAGUGGUAUCAAGGUCAUUGACUUUGGCUCCAGUUGCUUUGACCACCAGCGUGUCUAUACCUAUAUUCAGUCCAGAUUUUACAGAGCACCUGAAGUCAUUCUAGGCUCCCGCUACGGCAUGCCCAUAGAUAUGUGGAGCUUUGGCUGCAUUCUUGCUGAACUCCUGACAGGGUGCCCCCUCUUUCCUGGUGAGGAUGAGGGUGACCAGUUGGCCUGUAUGAUGGAGUUAUUGGGCAUGCCCACCCAGAAGCUUUUGGAACAGGCGAAGCGUGCCAAGAACUUCAUUAACUCCAAAGGACACCCGCGUUACUGCACGGUCAGCACACUUGGUAAUGGCAGCUUGGUGAUUAACGGGAGUCGCUCCCGGCGAGGCAAGAUGAGGGGUCCCCCAGGCAGCAAGGAGUGGGUGACGGCACUCAAGGGCUGUGAUGACGCUAUCUUUAUUGACUUUCUGAAGAAGUGUCUGGACUGGGAACCCAGUACUCGCAUGACACCGAUUUUGGCCUUGCGACACCCCUGGCUCUACAAGAGGCUACCCAAGCCUGUGCCUGGUGGAGAGAAGACCUUGGUACCUAAGCGGAUUACUGAGCAUAGCACUUCCUUCCCCAGCAUUGUCCCUAAGGUUCCCCCAGCAAUGGGCCCAAUCAGCAACAAACUGAGGACCAACAUGAUUGGGGACUCUGGUGGGAAUAUACCGUUGCGUACAGUGCUACCAAAGCUCGUUUCAUAGAGCCGAUCUCCUUUUCAGGGAUAAAAACACUGUAGCAAAGUUUUUAAUGUUGGAAUUAAGUUUGAUUUUGUUUGCUUUUUAAAAUAACGAGUGGCAAUACUCCUCAGUGUUUUGAUGUCAGUUUUUAAAAAAAAAAAUGAAGCACAAAAAGAUAAAUUUUUUAUAUGGCAGUUAAAAAGUAGAGUUUUCUUUUUUCUUUCUUCAAAUGGCCUUUGAAAGGGCAUUUGAAGAGUAAAGAAUAUAAUUUUGUUUUUACACUAUUUGCAGGAACGGAAUGCUACUCAAGUGCACAAUGGGUGAAGAUACUAUGUUUGUACCCUUACGGGGUUUACAUUAUUUCUGCUUUUUUAAGGGCUGCCUUUUUAAUUCUAUACUGUCAAGAGCUUAGAAAAAAAUGCUGGGUGUUUUGAAUGCUCUUAAAAUUUAAUCAUGACUUCUGAGAUGUAUCUAUAGCAAUGAGCUUUACUGGAUUACCAGAGGUUUCAGCAAUCCUCUGAUUUCGCAAAGUAAUUGUAUUUCAUUAUUUUAUUUUUUCAUUAUUACAAUCAUCUUGAGCUUCUGAUUAUCUUCUCUUUCUGUUCAUAAUCAGGACACUAGAGCAAGAAUCGUUCUGUCCUCGUGUGUUUUAGUCUAAAUCACUCUGCCAGAAUGAACCUGCAUAUUGUCUGUCUUAAGCAGGGAGAUUUGAAUUUUCUUCUUUUCUUUUCUACCAAGAACCUGUUGCAAAAGACAGUGUAGAUGCCCCUGAGAUUAUAAGGAAGUUAGUUGGGAGCAGCCGAGUGCAUCAGGGUUGGGCGGAAGUUUUUUGAAAGUUGUAAGUCAAGUUGUACUCGAAAGAAAUAAGCAAGAUGACGUGUGGGCUUGUAUUUGUGCAGUCCAAAUGUUUGCAUAAUCAAGCAAUGGUUGUGUCCUAGGGAUCUAUGUUCCUGGCCAUGAUAUCUCAACCAUUAAUUGCUGGAUUUAGAUUAAGGACAAACCAAUCAGGGAGCUUUUUUUUUUUUUUUUACAACUUUGAAACCUGCUGUUGGUGUCUUCUGACUCAGAUCUACACUGUGACCUGAUUUUUCUCUCCCUUGUUUUUUUAUACUCUUUUCCGUGUUAACACUAAAAGCUUCCUCUUCAUGCUCCUCAUGCUCUUGACUGCACCACAGAGCAUGUGUCCAUGCAAAUUUUUACUUGUAGGGAAGAGCUUUUGAUAACCACAGAAGCAAUGCUGUUUGUUGACACUGCCAUGACUUCUCACUCCUGCUGGCCAUGAAACUGACACGGAUUGAUUUAAAGGCUAGUUUUACAAGACAGACUGGGUGGUAUUAAAAAAACAACAAAAAAGAAUGCCAUAGAGUCCUGUAUUUGUAUACCAGUGUCAAACCACCUCUUUCUUGGGUCUUCCCCUCCUUUAGGUAUGCAUGAUGAUACAUGGCAAGGUGCUACAAAGCAUGACAUUUACUUUUGUUUGAUAGAUCCUUUUAUCCUAAUUGACUUCAGACAAGAUGCAAACCAAGCAGCCCAAAUGGUCCUUAUCUCGGUUCUCUCACAGCACCCUAAAAGGUUCCUCAAUCGCAUCACUUCUAUUUCUAUGUCUUAAAUUUUAGACAAAUGUAACCCUUACCCAACCCUUCAUUCUGAGUGUAGAGGCAAGCACAGAUUAAUACCAUAGUCUUGUCUGUAAAGUCAAUGAUCAUGACCAGCAAUCAACAAGAAGUGCUUCUGGAGUUUAAAAGUGUACAGAAUGUUCAGCCUUUGUUAGUCUACCUCUUAAUUACCCCUCUCGGGUUCUGGUAAGAUCUCAAACGUUCAUCGUAAAGUCAAAGUUGUUGCGUUUUGCUUGUGACUUCACUUCAACGUGAAUCUUUCCCUAAUUUCCUUCUCAUCUUUGGUCCGCUCCCUAGACAGAACUCCACUCCUUUCCUUUAGUUGAGUGCUCUACACAUUGGCUUACUUCAGUGAUCAGGACGUUUUUGUUUUUUUUUACUUCUUCUGUGUGUCAUUUUUAACCUCAACAUCAUUACCAGUUUGCUUGAAAAUCAAAAAGAGAAUGAAAUGACACAUUUGUGUGAUUUCCCUCCUGUGAUGUGUGUGUGUGUGUGUAGCCAUUUGCGUCAGUAAGUGUAAAAAGACUGAACGAUGAGAAUUGUGUCCAUAAAGUAACCAAAUGUGCUUGCAUUAGUUUUUUUUUAAAGAAGAAUAAAAUCGAUAUUAACUACAA